AUGUCGUUGCAAUCACUCAUUAAUUGCUAUGUUCACGGGAUCAUACGUCGAUCUCAGGGAUUACAUGUAUGUAAUGAGGUUUCAUUUUUCAACGCUUCUAUGUAUAAUGCUGUAGUGUAUAUUCAUAUAUAUUGUUUUGUUUCUGUUUCAGAAUAUGAAUCCGUUCGAGCAGUUUAAUUUCUUCGAAUGUCGAAAAAAAAUUAAGCAGGGACUGCAAACAUUCGAGGUGCGCACUGAUACAGUAUUUGCAAUAUAGAGACUAAUUAGGCAAUCAUACGAUAGCUAGAAUAGUGAACUUUAUUUAAGCACGAAGGUCUGUCAUCCAAAUUGAGAUAAUUUUCCCAGGCGCCGUGACAUUUGAAUUAUCUACAAUAUUUACAAGGAAAAGGAGAACUUAAAGUCGCUCGAUCAAAUGAUAAAGAUAAGAUGGGCCUAAUUUGUGGAAUACUUUGAACAUUAGACAAGAUUUUUGUUUCUUUCGCCUAUCUUCAAGUAUCGGCCAAUUUAAGUUAUUUAAAAUUUGGGAAGAGCGUAUUUCAUAGUUUCUCCUAGUAAUUAUUCGAGCUGCUCGAUUCUGUAAUUUUUGAAGUUUAUCCCAUAAACCUUUUCUGCAAUUAUACCUCACAGAACUACAAUAAUCAAAAUGCGGGAGAAUGAUAGACGAUAAUAUGUCAACUACUCAACUAGCGUGUUAAUUGGCACCAGAUCACGAAUACACGUCUUAACAUUCCUAGGCCUUUGGAUACUUUUUUGGAUAUAUAAUUUAUACGUGCUCAUUCCACGAUAAAUUUUCAUCAGUCAUAAGCCCCAGGGAUUUUGUUACAACUACUCGCUUCAAGCGGUGCCCUCCGAUAAAUAUCUUAGGAUCUGAUGUCAAUGUAGAACAGUUUACUAGGUUUUAUAUCAUGAUCAUGCAUGUUCAGUAUUGCCGUCGAUUAGUAGAUAUAUAACCAUAGGUUAAUUAGUAGUGUAACAUAUGUUAUAGCUGCCACAGUUGGUUCCGUGUGGCAAAUGAUUACACAUGUUACGGUGGUUAAGAUAGUCAUGCUCCAAGUUUGUCUCUCAAAGGGGUGUUAUUGCACGCCCUUUGUAACUCUCAAAUAGAAAUCCCUUUGAGAGACAGGCAUAGAGCAAGUCUAAGAUAUCCCCAAUCUUUUGAUUUGUUACAGUGGUUGUUUCUGGGCCUUGACAGUCAUAUUAUCAAUGUGGUAAUGCAAAUGGGUGAUAAGUUUUUAGCAGACGGAAAUGCCCAGAUCGCUCUGGAGUUUUACCGUGAGGCCAGACAUCUGUUUCCUCAUGCUGGUAUUUGUUAUAUUAGAGAAGCACAAUGCAAGACUGUGCUGGUAAGUUGUAUAACGUUGUAGUAGGUAGGUAGGUAGGUAGGUAGGUAAUACUUUAUUUAAAAUUAACAGAAAGAAGAACACGCUAGCCCCAUCAACUCUAGGCUGGUUUCCAUGGGGGGCGUGUUUAGAUCUUAAAAAUCAUUAAAAGGAAAAUUUAAACUAAAUAUUAGUACAUACAUACUGUACACGUUACUAUAUACAAAUAAUUAGGAAGCAUGUCGCUGUCCAACAAUUGAUUUAAACGAAUGAGGCGACUCGGCCAAUUUUGCUUCGUUUGGGAGUUGAUUCCAGAGCAUAGCGCCGCUGAAACUUUUUUUAAGAAAUUCUCGUUUCGGUUUAGGAAUUGUUAGAUCAGUUGCUGUGUUUCGAAGAUGAUAAUUAGUUUGAUCUAUUUCUCUUCUCACGAAUGACCCCCGGAGACCUGGCGCAGUGUGGUCGUUAAGUAUUUUAUACAUUAAUACUGACUUGGCACCAGACCGCCUAUUUUCAAGUGUAUCCCAAGAAAGCAUGUUGAGAAGAUCAGCUGAGCGAGUAUCAUAAUUAGCACCCGUUAGGACUCUUGCUGCACGAGACUGAAAUCUUUGCAACUUGUCUCUUAGCAACUUACCACAAGUGUCCCAAAGGGGGGAACAAUAAUCAAAGUAGAGCUGCACAAGACUUUUAUAAAUCGAUUCUAAGGUAUGCAUUGGAACAAAGGGCUUUAUACGUUUCAUAGCGCCAAUAGCAGCGCUUGCCUUCUUGCAUAUCAUUUCAAUGUGACUAUCCCAAUUAAGGGUUUCAUCUAGUUUUACUCCUAGGCACAUUUGUGUAGCAAUUCGUGAUAUGGGUUUUGCAUUAGCCACUACGGGUUCCUCACACAUUAUAUUAUUAAGAUUAUACGGGGAGCCAAUAAACAUCAUUUUACAUUUUGAUGGAUGCAUCUGCAGCCUAUUUUCUUUAAGCCAGUUACAGACAUGCGCAAGAUCUGAAUUUAAAUUUACAACAAGUUCAUUUGCAUCGUAGGAAGAUGAAAAGAUUUGAGUAUCAUCCGCGUACAUGCAUGGAUUAGUUGAUUUCAAACAAUCGGGCAAAUCAUUAAUAUAUAAUAGGAACAGCAGUGGUCCCAGUAUAGGUCCCUGGGGCACUCCACAGGUGAUAAUUUUAUUACUAGAUAAUUCUCCAUUAACAUUACAUUGCUGUUCUCUAUUUGUUAAAUAUGACUCAAACCAUUUUAAUUCUACGCCAAAGAUUCCAAAUUGCUCAUUCAUUUUAUUUAACAAAAUGCGAUGGUUUAUAGAGUCAAAUGGAGGAAAAGAAGAUGAUUGGGAGGAAAAAGGAAACAUUUUUUUGUCUGCAUUUUGUUGCAUAAUGUUGGAUUGAGCAUAGUUUUUUUUCACAUCUGCAUAUGACAGGCUGGCUUCCCACAUAACUCAAAUGAUUGGAAAUUUCCCAUUCUUCAUUCUGAGAGAGUGAAAUAUUUUUCAAUCUUCAAGACCGCCUUUCAAUCAGUGGUAUAACUUAUAAGGGCUGUGCUCGGCAAAAGGCCCUGGACUAGGAUAUCGGGAACCCAGUCUUUCUCGAGAUUAAUUGAAAUUACGUAUUUUUUGGAAGGGUAUAAUAAAAAUAGGCAAUAGGUAAUAAAAAUAGGCAAUAGGUAAUCUACGAGGCUAAAGAAUAAUUAUAAUUAUAAAGUUGUGGGUACCCGACUCCCCUCCGUCGACACUCUGAAUGGUAGAUUAAUGGGGCCCUUUACCUAGCUUUUGGCCACUAAAAUCACCGUCCCUUAUUUUUAUCUGAUAUGUACAAAGAGCUUGGAGCAAUUUUUCGUACCCAAUCUGUGGCGCUAGUUUUCCCUGAUGAUUUUAUCGUAGUCAUGGACAAACCAACAUUUAAAAGUGUUAUUCCAAUUUUUGAAUUGAGUACAAAAUUGUCAUACACCAUUGUAGAAUUCGUGUUAUGUAUCAGGUGGAAUUACGAAAACGACUAGCAAGACCGUCGGUGAGACAAAUGAUGAGGUAAAAAUGUUGCAUGUUAAUAUUAUCUGGAUUUAUUACUUGGUCCGUAUGGGCAAAAUACCCCUUCCACAUGUUUCUGUUUAGCCUUGCUGCCUACAUGCAGUUACUGAAUAGUGCCUGCCUCGCCCAGCUACUCCAUGCUGUGGUUCCAAAAAAAACUAGCUUGUUUCCUCUUCUGGAUGUCGAAUGCAUGUCCCGCUAAUAGUUUUAGUCCAAAUUCUCUGAUCUUCAGUUGUGAUACUAUCGGUAAGUUUCCAUACAUAUUUUCAUACAUUUGUCGUAUACUGCUGCCUCCUCACUUUAACUCAUUAAGCGUCAUCUGGAGCAUCCUAGUGCAUAUGUACUAGUUUUUAUACCUUACCCAUACCCUACUCGCUCUGGCAAAUCUAUUGAGAGUCUUCGUUUAUAAUUUACCCCCAUUGAUCUAGCGAACAUGCACAAGAGCUGUUUUUGACGAUUUUCUUGUCCCUGUAGAAGUUAGAUGAAGCCACUGGUGGAAUCGAGCAAAGUGCAACAAAAGAUAUUACUCCAAGUGCUGCGAGUGCAAAGGUAUAUAUAUGGAGAGUUUUGUAAAUAAUGCCAUUGUCUUUCGUGUAUAAAUGUCUAAUUAUUUCAUGUGAAUUAUCAAGGUUGCUAACACAGUCACAGAGGCUAUAACAUCGAAACAAUUGAAAAGAGAACAAAUGGCUAAGGAGAAGGUAAAGAAUGCAGUUUGUGAUUGCGUAUGUUUUUCCUAAACGUAAAGCAAUAUAUUUUGCGAGAGAAUAUAUAAUGUUUGAGGUUUCGAUUUACGCUAGUAUUUCUAAAGAUACAGUUUAUCUUUCAUUGCAUGAUUAAAAAUGUCAUGAUAAGAACGAUUUUAAUUCAUUGCAAAGAUUCCCUCGAAUCGAAUAAUAGAUUGAAUCUUCAAUCCAUUCAAUUAAAGAUCUUUAACUUUGUCAUUGCUAUAAGAAUAUCUUAUAUUUUUAAACCUUAAAAAGAAGAUUUUAUCGUAGUAGUCAUGGACAAAAUUGUCAUGCACCAUUAUAGAAUGGGUGUAAGGUGACUAAGAAUGCGGUAUGUAUUAAUAUUAUCAUAAUUUAUUACUUGCACUGAUUUGCUUUAAGGCCCGGUCACACUACACAACGAUAACAAUACGAUAAAUUGUAAACACGCGAUAAUUGGCAAAAAAAUUGUGUUAGUGUCCAUACUACAACGAAAAUAAUAAAAUUAUCGUUUGACGAUAACGAUAACGAUUUUAAAAUCGCUCACCCGAGCGAUUUUUUUUUCAGUCGAACGAUAACGAUAAAUAUUUGACCAAUCAGCGCGCGUAUACAAGUUAUCGUAUCGUUAUCGUUGUGCAGUGUGACCUGGGCUUUAAUUACGUUUCGAACCCGGGCCUUACAAAAUCCCCCCUUCUACAUGUUUCUGUCUAUAGCAUUACGUCCUACGGUUACUGAGCAGCAUUCAGCACUGUUUCCUGUUUGGAUUUCUCACUGUACGUUAUAAACAGUGCGUGCUUCACCCAGCUACUCCAUGCUGUGGUUCUCACAAAACUAUAGCUUGCAUGGUUUCAUCUCUGGAUGUCGAAUAACGCAGUGUCCUAUAAUAAGAGUUUUAGUCUUUGCUCGCUGAUCUUUUGUGAUACUUUCAGUAAGUUUCCAUACAAAAAAAUCAUGUAUCAUACUGCCACCCCACAUUAACUCGUUAAGUCAUUAAGCAUCCUUGACUUGCAUGUGUACCAUUUAUUUUUUCCCUAUUCUAUUAUCUAUAUAUAUAUGCUCGCUCUGGCAAAUAUUUUAUACUUACUUUGGAUAAUUUUUGUCCCUGUAGAAAUUAAAUGAAGCCUCAGGUGGAAUUGAGCAAAGUGCAACAAAAGAUAUUUCUCAAAAUACCGCAAGUGCAAAGGUAUAUAGAGGAGAGUAUUGUAAAAAAACCAACUUUUUUUAGGUAGUUACUGUGUAGAAGCGACUUCGUGGAUACUGCUGAUCGAUAUCACGGCAAACAAACGCUCCGGCCAGUUGUGAAAUAGUAUUUCUUAAACGUUCUUGCAUGUUUAUUAUAGCUACAGUGAUUAGCUCCCGUUUUCAACGUUUUCUAAACACCUGUUAUACCAGGCUUGUUAAUACAAGAAUAAAAUGUCAUUCGAUGAUAAAAAACAAACUUAUACUUUGGCCUUCAAAUUUUCUGACUUGUAAGGUUUGUUAAGCCAUCAUUGCCUGGUUUUCUAUUCGAGCAUGCAUAAAUGUCUAAUCGUUACAUCAUGUUGAAUUAUCAAGGUUAAGGGAUCGAAACAAUUGAAAAGGGAACAAAUGGCUAGAGAUAAGGUAAUGAAUAAAGUUUGUGGUUUUCGUAUGCCUUUAUACUUUUAGGUUUCUAUAACUCAUUUUUCGUUGUACCUUGCGGUGUCAGAAAACAACUACUACGUGAAUUAAAAAAAUAAACAAGGUGCACCGUUUAGCUAAGGUGAAUUUCUUCCAUUCUUUCCUGAAAGCAAAACGUCAUGAAUUAAUGGGCGCUUGCCAGUCCUUUUUAGGAUAAAAUUUGGCCAAAUACGGAUUAACUUUGUCCCAAGGAAGGAUUGAAGCAAUGGUGUAUUAAACCUAAUUAAGAGUUAGUGUCGUUAACGGAGUCGUCUUUAUAUUAUUUGUCUUGCAUACAUUUCAGGAGAUUGAAAGAGAAAUCGAGAAAGCAAAGAAACAACAGGAGGAAGAAGUAGGAAAGCGAAAAGAAGUGGAAGCACGCAAGAGAAAAGAACAAGAGAAAAGAGACACGAAACUAAGGAAACAAGAAGAAGUGGAAGCACGCAACAGAAACGAACAGGAAGAAAGAGAGAAUAAACUAAGGAAACAAGAAGAAAUGGAAGCACGCAACAGAAAAGAACAGGAAGAAAGAGAAAAUAAACUAAGGAAACAAGAAGAAGUGGAAGCACGCAACAGAAACGAACAGGAAGAAAGAGAAAAUAAACUAAGGAAACAAGAAGAAGUGGAAGUACGCAAGAGAAAAGAACAAGAGGAAAGAGAGAAGAAACUAAGGAAACAACAAGAAGUGGAAGCACACCAAGGAAAAGAAAGAGAGGAAAAUAAACAAAAACUCGAGAAACAGAAAAAUGAUGAAAGAAAGAAACAACAGGAGCAGACUGAAGUGAGCAUUUUUUAUCUUUGUUUUACUUGCAACUCCUUUUUUUUAAAUUAUGCAUCUUCCAGAAAGUAGUUAAAGUAGCAGACACUUUGUGAAAUACUGAGGGGAGCGAAUAUAGGUUUGCAAUAAAAUCUCUAAAAUUACUGCAAAUUUGCUUAAACAAUAGCCCAUACUUUGAUAUAUUUAUUACCAAGUAAAAUCAAAAUAUUUACCUUCCAUUUUUGCCCUAGGAAUGUCUCAAAACGAAAUCUUUAAAGGCUUGUGAUGAUAACAAAGGUAUUUCUGAAACACACUAUUGGGCUAAGUUGCUCUAUUGAACGUGAUUAACGCACUUAUGAACGUACAGAACACACUAAUUUUUAUCUGUGCUCCAUAUUUCAUUCAGUCCUCCCCAAAUUGUUCUCGCGAGAUGUCCAGUGAGGGUCAUUUUUAGUGUGAAGUUUCUUCGAAACUUCACAGUAUUGUGAUGACUGGGAGGAAAUUCAAACUUAUCAGUCAGUCAGUCAGUCAGUCAUUCAGUCAGUCAGUCAGUCAGUCAUUCAGUCAGUCAGUCAUACAGUAAACUUUCCGGGGGGUGUAUACGAUUUAUGUUCGUAGUGAUUUAUUGUGCUUUGUCAGUACUUUGAAGGUUAUUUAAGCAAUUUCAGUUCACUUACUUACAUAUUCUGUUAUCGUUUUGCCAAGUUCACAAAAAUUUCGGGGAAUCGCUUUUGUUAUUGUAUUUUUUUGUAAAUUUUAGAACAUUCGCUUCUCAUGUUGUGUAAAGGAUCUUUACCCCGGAACACCCGAUUUAUUUUUUAGUAGCGCAAAUGCGCAUGCGCUAUCAAGCCGUAGAUCACGAUGGCGUGACGAUAUGCUAGGAAGGAGUGACAGUGUUGUUUUCAGAUGUAUAAACAUUUCAGACGUGAAUAUUGAGUAAAUUUUUGAAAAUCUACGCAAUAUAUAAAUUGAUCUUAUGCAUUACGGGCGUUCAAUUAAGUGUCGAUAAUAUUUAGACGGUAUAUUCAUUAUACAGAGCUAGGAAGGAGCUAGACCGCCUAGACAGUGCAGUCAACACUCAAGUGUAUAAACAUUUCAGACGUAUUAAAUAUUGAGUCGAAAAUCUUUGAGAUUCUAGGCAUUCAAUUGAGUGCUGAUAUUAUUUUCACGGUAUACUCAUUAUACGGAGGUACAGUACGUACGAAGAAGCGAGACAGUGUUGUUUUCAAGUAUAUAAACAUUUCAGACAUGAAUAUUGAGAAAAUGUUUGAGAUUCUACGCAAUAAUAUAAUAUAUAAAUUGAUGUUAUAAUUACCGGCAUUCAAUUAAGUGCCAAUCGAUAUUAUUUAGACCGUGUAUUCAUUAUACAUUGUCAUUGACUGUAUAAGGUGCUACAUCACAGAACUCAGUACAAAGAGCGAAAAAUUGCAUCAGAUCAAUAAAGCGUAAACAACUAUUAAACAGAAGCGGGUGUUUGUACAGGCGUUUACGAAGAAAAUAUUGCGAGACGAAAGAAAUCAGUUGAGUCAGAGCUCCUUAUUUAAAGGCUCGCCAACAAGAUUUAUGCAAUGGAGAAAAAAGCAAGGAGGUACAUGUAGCCAACAUGUACUGUCACGGACCUUGUUUACUGUCUAGCACAACGCCGUUGUCAACGGUGCAAACUCGUGUUCAGUGCAACGAUAACUCUACCAGAUCUUACGAGAAUCAAUCUGUAGUAUUCUGUACACAGAACUGUAUCAAAGCUUGUCAAAACUGCUUUAAACACUGCAGCUAUAACUGUGAAACUAUUGAAAUCUAAAGUGACAUUAAUAUUCAACACAUGCGAAAAGCUGAAAAUAGACACAACGUGACCUUCGAAAAGUCAAAGGUCAAUGAGACUUGUUAUUGUGUGAACAUGUCACAAUUAGGUUAAAAUGCGGAAGCGGAUGGAGCGGAUCCACGGAACGGAUAUGCGGAUAAAAUACGGAACGGAUGAAGAUAAAGUGCUUCCUUUCAAUGAUAUAACGACGUAGUGCUUAUUAUUAUAACAUAUUGUAUACAGCUAUUUCAAUUAUAGUUUAAGAUAAGUUUAGCAUAGCAGUAGCCUCGUGGGGAUGCUUUUAGCGACAGCUGCAAAUACAAAUGCAAAUGAAAAUUUAGAAUAUGCAAAAUUUGGUUGUUGGUGAAACAAUUGAAAUUUAGCAUGCGUGUAGCAUCACAAUAAAUAGAUAAAUUGUGUCAGUUUCACAAGGCACGUUUCUGAUGUGUCAGGCUUGUUUCAAACGUCGUGCGCCGAGCGCAUGAGAUGAAAUGCCUUUGGUAAUUGUUUAUUUCGUAGUGUAAGCCAUCAGCUUUUCUAGGUUGUCGGCGAACCUAUAUAGUGCUUGCAGUAUCUUUUUCAAUUUGAAACUUCACACUAUCCUUGGAUCCCUAGUUUAUUAAUCGAAUGUCACUGCAAUACCCCUUCAUUAACUUUAUAACUAAUAAAGAAAAUCUUUAACCCCUCCACAUUGCAUAACUCUUGUUUAGUUAUGGAAUCAUGCGGCAAUGCGAUCUAAUUAUUCCUCCAUUAAUUUAUUACUAGUCAACAACGUUAAAACCUCGCUGGACGAUACGCCAACGAACUUUGACCAUGUUCUUUCAACUGGCUCACAUCUCAGACGAAUCUGCCCUACAUGCAACACUCCCCAAGUAUUUUCGUCGCAAAUAUGUAAUUCGUGUAAGAGCAGACUUGUGCUUUGGUAUAGAGAAGUUAACACUUCCAAUUGGACGAAUCCACGAAAGCCUCCGAAAUGUACAGCUGAACCCUAUCAGUGCAAACAUUUCAAAAAAAGCAAAAAGUGUGUCAAAAUUCCAUGUAUGUUCGCGCAUGGACAAGAUGAAGCGGAAAUUUGGACACUAUGUUACGGAAAAGGUAAGUUUCAUUUGCUCUUUAAGUUGACCACCAUGUAUAGCAACAUUGAAAAGACUAAACUGAAACCCAUUGAUAAAUUCAUUAUUGAUGAAUUAUUAACAAGUUGAAACAGUGUUUAAAAGUGAUGGAGGUUUAAAAGAACACAAGCGUUUCAUCACUACGGAAGUCCAGGAACUGUAUGCCACGACUCUGGGCUUCGUUCUAGAACCAAGUACCUUGGAACGCUCCGUUCUUUACAAUCCUUUUCAAACGCGUUCGACGUGCCAAGUACUGAAGACAUGCUUGGCAUUCCAAAAUGUCGUCGAUGAUUCAAACCAGGAUUCAGCUGGUCCUUCCACAACAUCUUUAUCUCUUCAGAAUGAAAUGGAUGCCCAUCCAAUGGGUGACGAUUUAGGCCAAGUAAAAGUUUGAGUUAAGCGGAUAUUGGUAGCAGGUCAACUGGUCAACUGUCUUUUAAGACGAAGAAACCCGAAUUCCUUUCGAUAUAAACUUUAACCUACCACCUAUUUAACUCUCUUAAUGCAUAAAACGACGCUCGGAAGGUGCGAGUUCGAAUUUCGCUCGAUAGAAAGAAUUUUUCUUAUUAAUUGAAACUUACAUUUCCACCUUGAAAAAUAUCGAUUGUAUGUAUUGGUGGCGCAGUGGUUAUUGCACGUUGUAUUUCUUGUCUUAGGCCUAUUCAGUAUACGUCGAAUUUCGGUCGCGUCGAAUGCAAUUCAAGCAACAGAUAAUGAAGUUUAAUGAGGUUUAUCAUCUCAUCUAUUGUCUUACUUGCUUUCGACGCGACCAAAAUUCGACGUAUAAAACAGGCCUUAGUCAUGUAGUUGUCGGAUUAUAAUAUAAUUUCACUUCCGUUGCAUGUUAGAAGACGAGUGCUUUCAGUUCGAAACACGGUGCGUUUGUUUCGUUCUUUUUUAUAUUGCACCAAGUGACGUCAGUCGUGUGCAAUAUUUUUUAUAUUGCACCAUUGGUGUCACAACUUCAUAUUUGGUCAGCUAAUGAGUUGACAUGACUAUUUCACCGCUGCUUGUUAGCCAAUUAGAAACCAUGAAUUCUUUAAAUAAACAAUAAAACUGAUGUGUCUUACCAUACCUACAUGAACAGGCUUUGUGGCUGGUUGGUUAUGUCAGUAAAAAACAAUAAACUACGUAACUUGUCUUUCUAAAGAAAAAGUCAUAAACACUAAUCACUUUUAUUUCAGAAAGCCAAUCACUAAACGUAUUCAUACUAGAUUGGUAUUUAUUGAAACUGACCAAUCUUAGUUUAGCCCAGAAGAAUUUGUUAUGAAAAUCGGCAAACUAUAAAUUUGUUGUCAUGUACAUUAGUUAUUGUUGCAGGUGCAAACAAGAAGAAGAAAGCGACUUCAAGUACAACGACAACCAGCAGUCAAGAUUUCGACAUUUCAUUAGUCAAGGAGCACGAAAAAUUGCGAUGUAAAUUCUGUGAUAUAAUGUUCUCGUCUAUGUCACAGCUAGAGUAUCAUUGUUCCGAUCAUCAGCAUAGAGUCAACGUCAUAAAAAGUCAGCAACUUAACACAAAAUCUGCAAUGAAAGUUCGACCUGCCCCGGAUGGAGUCUACAUGGGCCGAUAUAAAUUAUGUCGCAGGUUAGAAAUCUCUGAUUUUUCUUUUGUGUUUGUAUGCUUUGUUAACAACAUAUGAGCCUGAUAAAAUGACUACCUUUCACCACUGCAGAGAUCCUGGGUCCGAUUGCUAGUUCUCGUGUGAAAACUCGAGAUUUUGUCAAAGGUUUUUGUCAAAAAUGUUGGAUUUUGAAAUUUCGAUUUCAAGAAGUAAAGAACUCGACCAGUUCUAAACUGUGUACCCACACCGGGCAGGCUUGAAAAAUAUGCCUGGCCACGGCGGGAUUCGAACUACGACCUUUGGAAUACUAGCCCAAUGCUCUUCCAACUGAGCUACGCGGUCAGAACGGUUCGAGUAUGCGAUAUUUCGGAACGAAGGUACACACUCAGAGUAACAUCACACAAACAUCUUAUUCACCUGAGUACAUUACACCAACACAGCAGGUUUCAGUUUUAAACUGUUCACCCUAGAAAUACAGUAAAGGCGAACUUUUAUAGAUACAGUGUUACUACAAGUAGAAACAGGAAUAUAUCCUGAGAGAAUCUUCAGGGCUUGGUAGAGUCAAAAUGUGUAGAAUCUGGACCUAGCUCUAGGCUUUCAAGCUGGCGAGAACCAAGACCCAUGCAGUGGAUUGUACAUGUUACUGUGUAAUUUUUUCCAUAUAAUAAUAAUUUUAUUUAAAAAGGAUGACACAUAACGGCGAUUUGCUGAUAAAUUUGUGGCCCUUCUAGGUUUGAGCAAGGUCACUGUUACUUUGGUAAUAAGUGUACGUUUGCGCAUGGCCGUGAAGAGUGUGCUUAUUGGAUAACAUCGUAUCAACGUCGGGCUCAAUAUCUCGCACAGCUUCGAAAGGAACGAGUUUUGCCUGAAAGUUUUAGUGAAAAGGUUCGUCGUCGAAUCAAACAUAAAGGCGAACACGUGGUUAGUAAAAUUUUAUUUCUCAAGUGAUUCUCUGAUCAUUCGUGAGUCGACGUCAUUUACUCCAAGUAUUUUCUUCCGUUUCUUUUUCAGGCGCCUUGGUUUGCUACGUUAAGGAGCGCGCAAUACGACACGCAUGGGAAGAACCACGCACGGUCACGCGACGGCGUAGCAAACCAAAUACUAGGCUGUAAUAGUUACAGAACAGUAGUGAAGUUCAGGACUGUUGACCAAGCAAAUUAAACUAAAAUUCAUGUAUUAAUCACUACUACCACAUAUUUGAAAAGAUUCAGCAUUAUCGAAGCACGAAAAUUGAACAUGUUUCAAUCAUACAUAUUUACUUCCAAUUACAAAACUGCUACAUAUAACGGAAUGAAUUAAUUCUAUUUUCUGACUCGGUUGACCAACGUCUGCUGCACGAGUGCUUUGACGCCUUGAUUCCUCUUUUUAGGCUGGCUUAUACAGUAUCACCAGUACUUUAUUUAUAGUUAACUUGUUAUUUAGCAGCAAUCACAUUUUUUUUCUUCCAGCUUAAGGAUGAUCUGCCUGGUGUAACAGUGAACUGCAGUCCACAAUGGCAAGUGAAACUGGAUGGACCACAAGACCAUAUGUGGGAAUUUGAUGUUCGAAUUCAGGUAAAAUGUAGCAGCAAAAUAAACACGUGCACAAAUUUUGCAUCUGAAAGAUAGGUUAUCCAACAUUGUGGAUCCUGGUAUUAAAGUAAACAACAUAAAACCGCGAGAUCCUUUUUGCAUUAGCCUACUAGUGUGAAGAGCUGUUAACGGUAUAAUCAUAAUUUCCAUUCAUUUCCAUUUGUAGACCAAGUAUAAACUACUGUUAAGCCAAGUCUCCUUUCUAUGGGAAACCCAUUUGGACAAAUUCAAAUUCCUUUGCAGUCCGGGAAAAAACCAUUCUUCAAACAUGCAAAGUAUCCGGCUGCUUAAGGAGGAUUUUGAUGAAGAUUCUGCCAAGCAAGAGUCGGUCGUGCAGUUUUGCAUUCAGUUCUCUUCAAGUGUUUUUGGUGACUUCCAGCAGAAGUUAGUGUUUGAUUUUGGUCAUGACUCGGUACUUGCUCGCUCACUCUGUGUCUCGGUUAUAAGUGAAGAUAUUUGCAGCAGUAAGGAAGAGCCAUCGACGCGCACAACACAUUGUAGCAUAUUGGAAUGGUCUGUAGAGAAAAUGGAAUUGGUGCUAUGUGAAGAUUUGAUAGGAAUGGAUUCCGGUGGUUUAUGUGAGCAGUACAGUAUUCCAAAUGUUUUGCCUGAUCCUGCAGAGUUUGUGGGAUUCAAACCUGAAACAUACUGCAAACAAUGGCAUGAUAUCUUGUUUAUUGAAGAGCAACACAUUCAGACAGAGAUUGCCAGGUAAAUAUGAGUGAAACAAAGUUUCGUGUUGUUUAUCUAACGUACGACGUAGACCUCCAUCAGAAACGAAAAAAGAGUAUACACCGUAUAGAUUAUUGUUGUUGAUCAUGUUGUUGCUGAUCAGGUCGUUGUUGUUACUGUUGUUGUUUUUGUUUUUGUUUGGUUAUAUGUUCGUGUUUGUUAUUGUUGUUGUUCUUAUACCUCCAGGCUAACAUUCAAGAUGUUGUUGUGGUGAAAUAAAAUUUUACAUUCAUGUUGUUUACUUAGAUAUGAUAUACAAAACGGUGCAAUGAAAAUAGUUAACAGCUUUCAAAGCGCCGUUGAGUCAGUUUUUGCCCGACCGGGAGAAUUUUUUGGAGAAAUAUAUUUAUCUGACUACCUGGUUAUGGACGAAGUUGCUGGCCAUCUUAUUAAACGCUCAGUUAUGUCUGUGAUCUUGCGACCAAAGGUGGGACACUUUCAGAGUGAUAGAGUAUACGAAUGUAGCAUCAAAUUGAAGACUUAUCAAUUGGUUAUCGUAAAGUUGAAUGAAGUGUUAUGCAAAGACUAUGGUUUCAAAAACGAUCAAGUAAUUUGCAUUGAUCUCAAGUUCAGAUACAAUCGUCUUCCAAUGUGUGAGAUGCAUCAGGCUAUUGAUAUGUGCAAGAAAAAAACUCAAGUUCUUCUUCCAAACGUAGAAACUGUUUCUUAUAAGUAUAAGGUGGGUAAUUCUAUCACAUUUGUCUUCCUAUGUUUGAAAGAGAGUCUCCAAAAAAUGUUUGUUUCCCAUAAGUAUUAGCUUAGUAAUACCGUCGUCGCCGCAUGUGAAAUUGUGUUAUUUGAAAGCCUGGUUUCCAUGCCGCCGUGACGAUCGCGACCAUGUCAAGGUGGCUAAUGAAAUAAAGUGGCGAUAUGUCUCUACAAUCAGUUGAAUUGCACACAGGUUGUGAAGACUGUUUCGCAUAUUUAGAUUAUCUAAUAGCUCGGCGACUUUGAUUUUGUCUUCCAUCUUAGCUGAGCUCCAUGAUCAGACAUGGGUCUUAUGGUGACUGCCAGAGGUACUCAAGUAAGCCUUUGACUCAGCCGUGUUUAAGCUUCGCAAUUCAGCUCUCAGCAGCAAGGGAGAAUAAUUACCUUUACUUUUACAGCCACGACCAAAUGGAAACCUGGCUUAACAUAAUUUUAGUCAAAAUUCUUUAUAUAUGAAUCAUUUUUCCAUUUCAAUACCCAUGCAUGCUCCCGAUUUGCAUGGCUGCAAUUUUUGGCGUGUGUACACCAUUGUUUAUAUUAACAGAUAUUUCCAAUUCCAUAGAAAUUAAACCAUUCUGGGUUUAUGGACAAAAAACCGAACACAAAUCAAGAUAAAGCGAUUACCAUGAUUCUUGAUCCCAGUCUUACUCCGCCAAUUCUUAUGAUUGGUCCAUUUGGUACUGGCAAGACAUUCACGCUCAGCCUCGCUUGUGUGUCAAUUAUUGGCCAAUCAGAACGCAAUAAAGUUCUAAUCUGCACCCAUACAAACAGCGCUGCCAACAUUCAUCUUGCACAUUUGGAUGCAAAAAUACAAGCGAAACCACCAUUUAGUAUUCGACCAUUGAGAGUUCUUGGUCUUCACCUCAAGGUUACAACUGUCCCCGAUGAGCUACGAAAAUAUUGCCUUAUUGAAGGUAUGUAUGUACUAUUUAAAACAUGAGCAGCAGUGUUUUAUCAAAUAUAAAAAUACGAGACGAAGCCGAGUAUUUUUAGGUCUGAUAAAACACGCACUGCGAAUAUUUUAAAUUGCUUCAAAACCGGUCAAUCUAGUAAGUUCAUUGGCGAAGUAAUUUUCAAAAAAUAUAUUGUGUAAGUCGAGAAAAUCAAAGUUAAAUUUUAUGUAAAUCAAGGGAAAUCUCUAUCACAUAAUUAUAAAGAUACUACACGCUUAUGAUUUUUCUUUGUGUUUUCCUCAUGAAUUAUUAAUGAGUUUUUGAAAGAGUUAUAUCAACAUGUACAUAUAUGUUUAAAGGACCGUAUAGACGAGAAAUUGUUUCUUUCACAAUUUUUAUUUGCCCCGGACAACAAGAAUUGAUAAAUUGUCUAAUUAGGAUACUUCUUAAUUCUCACUGCCUUCGAAGCAUGUAAGAAGAGUGCUUCAAUGCAAUUUGACUCUACCAAAUACUGCUUCAUGUUCUUCCAUCUUCAUGGACCAAAUAUGAUGCCUGGCAUAUACUCGUAUGAACGGUUCACAAAGGUGUAGUCAACUUCCAUGCCCCAGUCAAACCAGAACAAGAGUUGGGUGAGAGUUUGCUGGAUAUUACCGGUCAAACGAGCAAGAACUCUUAUUAAAAUAUGAACUAGGUCAAAUUUCAUGAUAGUUGUGUGAGAUUAGAUGAAAGUUGGAGGUCAAACUGACGGGAGAGUUGCUACUUCCAUCAUCUCUUAUCCUCAUUUGACCAGGGCUUUACAUUUUUUACCUAAUUCACAACAGCUUUUGAACAAAGAAAAAUUGCCCGUGUGUAACUGGCAUAAAAACUUGUCAAUUUUUGUCGUACAGACAAGCAAAAGUCACACCUGUUUUGUUUUCUUCCUAGAAACAACGAACGUAAUAAAGGAACCGUCAUGGAAUGAAAUUCGUGACCACAACGUGAUUAUUACAACUUUGGUGACCGCUCGUAUGUUGUGGAAAUUUUAUCAAAAUGAGAGAUUGCGUUUCACGCAUAUAUUGAUUGACGAAGCCGCGCAGGCCCUGGAACCCGAGUGUUUGACUCCGCUCGUAAUGGCUGAUGGGAACACAAAGAUUGUCUUGGCUGGAGACCAUAAGCAGGUAGAUAGAUAGAUAGAUAGAUAGAUAGAUAGAUAGAUAGAUAGAUAGAUAGAUAGAUAGAUAGAUAGAUAGAUAGAUAGAUAGAUAGAUAGAUAGAUAGCUAGAUAGAUAGAUAGAUAGAUAGAUAGAUAGAUAGAUAGAUAGAUAGAUAGAUAGAUAGAUAGAUAGAUAGAUAGAUAGAUAGAUAGAUAGAUAGAUAGAUAGAUAGAUAGAUAGAUAGAUAGAUAGAUAGAUAGAUAGAUAGAUAAACUUUAUUUAAACACAUUGACCUUUUCAGCAAAAGCUGAUUUCCAAAAGGGAUGUGUACUUACAAAUUAUUAUUUAUAUACUAGCUCUAAUAUUACAUACAUAACAAAUACAAUUAUAUACCUAUUUAGACAAAAAAUUAACUACUACUUUAAGUCGAGAUUAAGGUCGAGGAAGAUAGCUUUUUACAGAACGAAUUAUACGAUACCGAAUUGCGUAUCUCUUCAGGUAUCUGAUUCCAUAGUUUAGCCCCUAGGUACUUAGACAUAAUUAGAACUAGAUUUAAAGCGUGCGUUCAUGCAGCUUCCACAAUGUUACCAAGUCCAAGCGUAGGAUGUUGAAAUAGCUUUAAUCUCAUUCUUUCAACUGAUCAUUUUUUCCACACAAAACUGAUUCAAAAAUUCAUUAAAUCCAUUCUAGGGACAAGAUCAUAGGUAAUUUGAAUAAAAUGCUAGCAUGCUUGGCAUAAAUAAUUAUUGAUUAUGUCCCCGUCACACCAAACUGUAUUUCGACUACACCACUACGGUUAACCUUUCUAUACUUGGCCACUUACAUGCAUGGCUACAUGCCUGAUAUGUCUUAUAUCAGUCGCAACAAUUACUUCACCCACACGCAAACAGUUAGUCAUCCAUUAAAGCCCGUUUUCCACUAAGCGAAAAAAUUCGCCACGAAAAAGUUGGAUCAGUUCCUACUUUUUUACUUGUCGCUUCGCGCGAACUAUUUCGCCUCUUAAAGUUUGUUAUUGUUAAGACUGUUAAGAUGCGUCUUUAUGAAAAUUAAGUCAGUCUUGUAUAGACUAUAUAAAUGGUUUUACUGUGCAACAUAUAUACUGUAAUUCAACUUUUCUAUAGAUGGGUUUACGAGUCUAUUCAAAAUGUCGAUGGGCUGAAGAUUUUGGUCUAAAGAUAUCUCUCGUUGAACGCCUGCACACUCAUUACGAACAGUACAACAACACUUCAAGCAAUCUAAAGUCUUCGUCAGUCAAGGACAAACCACCUUAUGUAGUUUUAUUAUUUGAAAACUACCGUUGCCAUGCCAAAAUUCUCGAGUUUCCGUCCGAUUGUUUUUAUGGUGGCGAAUUGAUUGCUAAGGGAGACCAAAGUACUCAUGACUUGGUACCAGUGCUCUCAUUCUACACCGCACAAGGUGUAGAUCAGCAAGUUGAAGGAAGUCUGGCGUACUAUAAUGAUGCUGAAGUUGCAGAAGUUGUGAAAAGAGUGGAGGAGCUUGUUCAUCUCUGGCCUAAAGACUGGAGCAAGAGUAUUGGAGUUGUAACACCAUACCGUGAUCAGGUACAUACAUAUAACACCAUACACUGAUUACAUGUUUAGAUAUUUGACCGAACUGAGUGCAGAAAUCAUGUUUAAAGUACCGUUUAAGAUAUUUUUAAAACAAAUUAUAUAAUUGAGGAUAAGUUGUUCGAUGUUCAUGUUCGCUUUUUUUUCGCAUUUUGGUCAGGCUUUACACGACGUCUGUCUAUUGAAGUUAAUUCAUUCAGUUUAUUUUCUUAACUUUUUAAAAUUAAUUAAUAUCAUUAUAGGGUGGGUGGAUUUCUCGAUAUUGGGUAGUUUUUUAAGUUUGACUUAAAAAGUUUGUUUUAGCACGAAGCAUCAGCCAAUCAGAAGGCUGACAGACCUGGAGUUAUGGACCGGAAAAAUACAAUAAAUUACAUCACUUAGAUUUUUUGUACGUUUCUGUGAAUUCGCAAAAAAUGUCAAUAUUCUUGUGCAUUAGGUAGAAAGAAUUAGACACGGCUUAAGGAAGAAAGGUCUUGGUGAUGUUCACGUUGGAACCGUUGAAGGCGUCCAAGGUACAUGUAAAUGUUUUGUUUUUAAAAACUUUGGUUGACAGAAAUUUAUAUUAAAUACCUGUUUGUCUACACUUCAAUAAAUGCAAAUAGAUUCAGCGGAAAUUGGAAAAACGAGAAAGUGUUGAUAUCAGCCUAGACCUAGGCCUUCUAGUCUUAUUUAUAUUUUUUUAGUAUUCAGCGGUUUUUCACAUGAAAAGACUGGGACUAGGUGAUUUGGGGGCGGGGCGGAGGAAGCAAGUUUCGCUUGCGUCAGGCUUGUGUCCUUCCUCCGCCCCGCCCCCAAAUUACCUAGUCCCAGUCUUUUCAUGUGAAAAAGCGCUGAAUAUUAAAAAAAUAUAAAUAAUAAAUAGAAGGCUUAGGUCUAGGCUGUGUUGAUAUAACUAUUUAUCAAUACGGAAAAAAUGUUUUAUAUUUGUUUUAUAAUAUAGCACAAAGAAAUAUAAAGAGAGAAAUUUUCCGACGUUUCCGUGUUGACAUUGAGUUAUAUCAACACGGCUCUUAGCCCGCAAUCAGCGUUCAGAAUUUACAAAUGCUAUAUUAUAAUAUUCCAUAUAAUGUCUUAACAUUUAGGUAAGGAAUUCAAGGCGUUGUUUAUCAGUACAGUCAGAACGAUGAAGACGUGUUCGUGGAUCGAAGGUCGGAACUCAGAUCUAUCUGAGCUUGAUUUUGGUUUUCUUUCCGAUCCACGUUUCUUGAACGCCGCCGUGACUCGUGCCCAGUCCUUGCUCGCCGUUGUUGGAGAUCCGAUGUCGCUAUGCAGUGUGGGGGAAUGCAGGAAUUUAUGGAAAGA